AUGUCGCAAUCACCACAGGUUGAUUUUGAGAAGAUUCGGUCGAACUCCGACGGAAGUAUCAGCGGGAUGGCGCUGCUGGCGUUCAAUGAAGUGGUGGUGAAUAAUCCAUAUUUUGCUGCUGGUGGUGGAUUAAUGUUAUUAGGAACAUCAUUAGCAUUGGCUAGACAAGGGAUAGUGAAAUCACUGGGGUUCUUAUACAGACAGAUGUUAGUUGAUUUGGAAAUUCCUCUGAAGGACAAGUCAUAUUUAUGGUUUUUAGAAUGGAUGUCAAAAUAUAAGAAUCGUAGUUCACGUCAUUUAUCGGUUGAAACCAAUUUUAUUCAACAUGACAAUGGGGCCAUUAGUACCAAGUUUUCAUUAGUUCCAGGGCCAGGGAAACAUCUUAUUAAUUAUAAGGGGGCAUAUAUGUUAGUUAAUAGAGAAAGAUCGGGGAAGCUACUUGAUAUGACCAGUGGGACGCCAUUCGAAACGGUUACCUUAACCACAUUAUAUCGUGAUCGAGGAUUAUUUUAUGAAUUAUUGGGAGAGGCUAAGAGAAUGGCCUUAAAGGCCAGAGAAGGUAAAACGGUAUUAUUUACAUCGUGGGGGCCUGAAUGGAGACCAUUUGGAAAUCCCCGUAAAAAAAGAAUGUUAGGAUCAGUUAUAUUAGAUAAUGGUAUUAGUGAAGGAAUAUUAGAGGAUGUUAAAGAUUUCUUAGAGAGUGGAGAUUGGUAUCAUAAAAGAGGUAUACCAUAUAGAAGAGGAUAUUUAUUAUACGGGCCUCCAGGUAGUGGUAAAACAUCAUAUAUUCAAGCAUUAGCCGGAGAAUUAGAUUAUAAUAUAUGUAUACUUAAUUUAUCCGAAAACAAUUUAACUGAUGAUAGAUUAAACCAUCUAAUGAAUCAUAUUCCCGAAAGAUCUAUAUUAUUAUUAGAAGAUAUUGAUGCAGCAUUUAAUAAAAGAAAACAAACUGAAGAAAAAGGAUUUACAUCAGGCGUGACAUUUUCGGGAUUACUUAAUGCAUUAGAUGGGGUGGCAAGUGCCGAAGAAUGUAUAACAUUUAUGACCACUAAUCAUCCUGAAAAAUUAGAUCCAGCAUUAUUAAGACCAGGAAGAGUUGAUUUUAAAGUAAUGAUUAAUAAUGCCACUGAAUAUCAAAUUGAAAAAAUGUUUUUAAGGUUUUAUGAAGAUGAAUUUGAAUUAUGUAAAGAGUUUUUAACCAAAUUCAAAAAUUUAAAAUUAGAUAAUGUUAGCACUGCUCAAUUGCAAGGAUUAUUUGUUUAUAAUAAGAGAGAUCCAAAACAAGCAAUUGAAAUGAUUGAAAGUUUGAAAAAUCCAAACACGGUUUUCAAAUAA